AUGGAGAACCUGAUCUCAUUGGUGAACAAAAUACAGAGGGCCUGCACGGCCCUAGGCGAUCACGGCGAAGAGAGUGCUUUGCCCACUCUCUGGGACGCUUUGCCCGCCAUUGCCGUCGUCGGAGGCCAGAGCUCUGGAAAGUCUUCUGUGUUGGAGAGUAUCGUUGGAAAAGACUUUUUACCUCGUGGAGCUGGGAUUGUUACUAGGCGUCCUCUUGUCUUGCAACUUCAUAAGAUCAAUGAAGGAAGAGAGUAUGCAGAAUUUAUGCACCUCCCUAGAAAAAGAUUCACUGAUUUCGCUGCUGUGAGGAAGGAGAUUUCUGAUGAGACUGAUCGAGAGACAGGCCGAAGUAAACAAAUUUCUAGUGUUCCGAUCCAUCUUAGUAUCUACUCCCCUAAUGUUGUGAACUUGACACUAGUUGAUCUUCCUGGGCUUACAAAAGUAGCCGUUGAGGGUCAGCAAGAAAGCAUUGUCCAAGACAUUGAGAACAUGGUUCGAUCCUUCAUUGAGAAGCCCAACUGUAUUAUUCUGGCAAUUUCUCCUGCCAAUCAAGAUCUUGCUACAUCUGAUGCAAUUAAGAUCUCUCGUGAAGUAGACCCUAAAGGGGAGAGAACAUUUGGUGUUUUGACCAAGAUUGAUCUUAUGGACAAGGGUACUGAUGCGGUUGAUAUGCUAGAAGGAAGAUCAUAUAAGCUACAAUUCCCUUGGAUUGGUGUUGUUAAUCGAUCUCAAGCUGAUAUCAACAAAAGUGUUGAUAUGAUUGCUGCUCGGCGUAGAGAAUAUGAGUACUUUGCUAAUAGCCCAGAGUAUAGGCAUCUUGCACACAGGAUGGGUUCUGAACAUUUAGGAAAGAUGCUUUCUAAGCACUUGGAAACUGUUAUCAAGUCUCGAAUUCCAGGACUUCAGUCUCUUAUCAACAAAACUAUUAAUGAACUAGAAGGAGAAUUGAGCCGCCUAGGGAAGCCAAUUGCAUCUGAUGCUGGAGGAAAAUUGUACAUGAUCAUGGAAAUUUGUCGUAAUUUUGAUCAAGUAUUUAAAGAACAUCUUGAUGGCACGCGCUCUGGUGGUGAUAAAAUAUAUAGUGUGUUUGACAAUCAACUUCCAGCUGCGUUGAAGAGGUUGCAAUUUGACAAACAUCUUUCAAUGGAAAAUGUGCGAAAGCUAAUCACUGAAGCAGAUGGGUAUCAACCUCAUCUAAUUGCUCCAGAACAAGGAUAUCGUCGUCUUAUUGAAUCUUCCUUGGUAACUAUUAGAGGUCCUGCAGAGGCUGCUGUAGAUGCGGUUCAUGCUAUACUGAAGGAUCUGGUUCACAAGGCUAUGGCUGAAACUAUGGAGCUGAAGCAGUAUCCCACUUUGAGAGUGGAAGUCGGAACUGCAGCUAUGGAUUCAUUGGACAGGAUGAGGGGAGAAAGCAAGAAAGCAACAUUACAGUUGGUUGAUAUGGAAUGUUGUUAUCUAACUGUUGAUUUUUUUCGCAAACUUCCCCAAGAUAUUGAGAAGGGUGGAAAUCCAACGCACUCAAUUUUUGAUAGAUAUAAUGAUUCAUAUCUCCGGCGAAUUGGAACCAAUGUCUUGUCCUAUGUCAAUAUGGCCUGUGCAAGUUUGAGGAACUCUAUUCCUAAGUCUGUUGUCCAUGGUCAAGUGCGUGAGGCGAAACGCAGCUUACUUGAUCGUUUCUUCACAGAAUUGGGUACAAAGGAGGUGACAAUUCCGACUUACCCAACCCUUUCCUUUACCCUUUUCUACAGAAAUAAAACAUUAUUCCAAGUACUUUCUAUAACUUUUUUUUUCUUUUGCAGUCAAGACAUUUGGCCAAAUUGCUCGAUGAGGAUCCAGCAAUCAUGCAACGCCGCACCAACCUUGCAAAAAGGCUGGAAUUAUAUAGAAAUGCCCAAGCUGAGAUUGAUGCAGUUGCUUGGUCCAAGUAGAAGGAAGCAGAUUUCACUUUUCCUUAGAAGUUGGAUUUUAUUUUUUCUUCCAUUAUUUUAUUUUAUUUUUUUUCUUGCAACAAGUCAGGGACCCUAGUUCUCUCUAUGGAGGAUGCUUGGUAAUGCCAUUAAGUUAUAAGGAUCUUGGAUUUUUGAAAGGUCUUUUUUUUGGAAGUUAGAUCUUAGGGAUAGGAUUGGUAAUGAUUCUUUAAUUCUUGAAUGCCAACACAAUACCUUGGUGUGUGAGGGAUGACUGGGGAGCAUAUUUGC